GCCACCGCUCCCCGCACGCCAGCCCCUCGCCCCAGCCGCCACUCGCUGUGUGGGGGACCUCCCGAGUCCACGGACUCCACGUGCCGCCUCCAAAGUCAUUUCGCGAAAGCAAAAGCGACGGACUGCUGCCAAAAACACCGGGGCCUGCUGCCUCCACUCCCGCUACGGUCCUCCGACAGCGAGGUAAAGGCGCGGCCCUGAAAUUGCUCGCUCAAGCCACGGCUGACGGAUGGUGCCUGGGUGUUUAGUUUCCACCUCUGUGCCAAGUCGCCUUGGGAGAGAAGCGCUGGAGAAAGUCACGAUGAAGCUCACACUGAUCCUCCUUCUCAAUUCGUUGGCACGAGUGGUGAGCGGUGGGCCCCAGCCCCUGCUGAGCGGAAGCCUCCAGCCAAAGUCCCUCGAGGAAACGGAGAGCUUCAUCCCAGACUCUGAGGAGUACGACGGCACGCUCGAUGCGUCCGAUGCGAGUGAAGAUUUUCAUCUGGAUUCUGGCGAAGACGCGGAUUACUUCGAGGGAGGCUUCCCCCAGGACUGCGCCGAGAUUUUCAAGCAGGGAAUCACCGACGAUGGCAUCUACACCAUCCAGCCCGCGGGGUCUCGGGAGCCCUUCGAGGCCUUCUGCGACAUGGGGACGGACGGCGGUGGCUGGACGGUGUUCCAGCGGCGGCAGAGCGGCGCCGUCGACUUCAACCGCACGUGGGGCGAGUACAAGCGCGGCUUCGGCGUGCCAAGCGGGGAGCACUGGCUGGGCAACGACCGCUUGCACGAGCUCACCUGGGGCCCCGCCGGCGCUCGCCUGGCGAGGCACGCGAGCCUGCGCGUCGAGCUCGAGGACUGGCACGGCGUCCGUCGCCACGCGCUCUACGCGCGCUUCCGCGUGGCGCCCGAGCGCGAGCGCUACCGCCUGACGGCGCGCGCCUACCGGGGCGACGCCGGCAAUGCCCUCACCUACCGGCGCGGCUACAGCCACGACGGGCGGCCCUUCUCGACGCCGGACCGCGACCACGACGCGUACGCGGCGGGCAGCUGCGCCGCCUACUACGCCGCCGGCUGGUGGUUCGACGCCUGCUUCGCCGCCAACCUCAACGGCCGCUACUACCGAGGCGGCCGCUACCGGGGAGCCGUCACCGACGGCAUCUUCUGGGGCACGUGGUACCUGCUGAGCGACUACCGCUCGGGGCGCAAGUACACCUUCAAGUUCGUGGAGAUGAAGACGAGGCCGGCGGAUUUCUGAGAGCGGAGGCCGAGCGCCGUCAGGUCUCCCCAUCGCGACGGGCGUUUGUGUUUUUUUUUGUUUGUGCGCGACGGGAAUUGGAUGCGUUGCGACGGACGUAUUAGGGAACACGUUUUUGUUGUUUUUUCGUAACGAGAACGCGAUCGAGCGAACGGAGCUGUGUCACGCGAGUAGGAAUAGGCUGCCUCGGCGCAGCAUCAUCGCACGAGGCAGCGGGGUGCUGCUGGAUGUUUCUAGAUGCUGCCCACGCGCCUCAAGUCUUUGUUCGGCCUGCGUACGCAUCUCGCGGGUUAUCGCGGACUGUGCUUUACCCUAUAAUAUAUUAAUUACAACAACGCGAUUCUUCCGCAACGCGUUGUUCUUUAGGAACGCAACAACUACCGCGGCAUAGGAGAACAGACUGCGCAAAAAUCUGUGCAGGCAGUCGUCCUCCAACAACAACGGGGAGCAGAGGAGCGACAUUCACAAUGAGCGGAGCG